GCCAUUACCUGUGAGUUUAUCCAACACAAAGAGCAAUGUCGACAUACCCUUACGACCCCAACAUUUCAGAAGUUCGAAGGGAGAGUAUUGAAUACUCCAAUGCUCAACUUGAGGAACCCCACCACCACCACCACCUUCACAAGCAUCACCACCCAGAGACUCGUGAAAGGGUUGAAGUUGUAGAGUAUGAUCAAGCACCUGAGAAUCGUUUUGGUGUUGUCUACAAAGAGGACAUGGAUGUUGAAACCAAUCAAUACUACACUCGAAGGAACAGGCCAGGGUGGCCUUGAAUUGCAUAAAUUGGACUUGUUAUCAUGUGGCUAUUUUGCUAGGCAGGCUACCUAGUAUAUUAAUAACCAGUGUGCUUGUAUUAAAUAAAUUCCUGCUUAGCUAACCAUAUA